AGCUAAUUUUGAAGAAACCAACGAUUCAUUGUCCGCCGUUGAAUCAGUAUCCGGUACCGAUGGAAAAGAAGAUCAUAUACGAGAGUUUUCAAUGGUUCAACAAAUAUGUCGCAACAAAUCAAGAGCAGCUUUCUGCUGUGCGAAAUAUCGUGAAUCGGACUUCGUUCCCUGUUCCGUACAUAUUAUUUGGACCAUCCGGUACUGGAAAAACUUCAACUAUCGUAGAGGCAGUUUUACAAAUUUGGAAACUACAACCCAAAGCCAACGUUCUCGUAUCGGCAGCUUCAAAUUUCGCCUGUGAUGAAUUCACCACGCGCCUGCUGGAAUUCAUUCCCGUCACCAAUGUGUUCCGUUUCGUAUCCUUCGUAUCGAUUUUGCUGAUAACGGAACAACACCAUCGUUCUCAAAGAGCAGUGGAGGUUUUGAGGAAGGUGGUGAGUAUCGUCGCGGCCCCGACUACGAAUAUCCGGAAGGCGGUGCAUCAUACGAGGAAAAUUUAUCGUACGGCUAUGGUGGAAGACCGUUCCGCGGCCGUGGAGGAUUCCGCGGACGUGGUGGUUUCCGUGGCGGUUUUCAUCGUGAUGGCCCACCGCACCACGGGGACAAUGAUGAAUGGCGUCGAUCAGGAGUCGAUGGCAAAUAUGAUUCGAAUGGCAUGUUAUAGAAUGCAAGAACGUUACCAGAAGUGGCACGGAAAUCUACCACAGUCUGGCAAGGGGCGCUGAUUUUAAACACUAUUCCCCGUCAAGUUGCACCUAACGGACGGAGACCACGAAAUAGUGGACAGCCUGAUGAAGGACGAGGAAGGUAAACACCACCUUCGUAUUACUCAGCGACUACGCCUCGAUCAACCCAAGUUGGAAGAUGUGCAGAAGCGCAUAUCGACGUCAUCGUCGCACGCAAACUUCCUCGGCCUGCCGGGAUAUCGACAUCAUCGGUAGCAUCGUCGGAUGAUGCCAGCGUUCAGACGCGUCCACUGCGUAAUCUCGUGUCCUACCUGAAGCAGAAAGAAGCGGCCGGCGUUAUACUCUUACUCAAUAAAGAAACGGAAGCAACUGGUGUGCUCUACUCAUUCCCGCCAUGUGAUUUUUCGACAGAAUUGUUGAAACCAACAUGU